CAUUUUUUGCUAAAUAAUAGACUUUAGGGGUUCUUUGAAUCAGAUUUUCCCGUAAUAGCACGCAACCACUACAAAAAUUGGUUGGACCCGCAUUGGGAUGAUGAUCGGGCCAAACGGCAUCCAGCUCAGAGCGUAGUAGCCGUCCGAUCCACAAUUUGACCGUUGGAAGCGAGCGUCUUCUGCUCCUGGUGUCUUGAUUCAAAAUUUUCAAACAGAGGUGCGUCUGUCAUCCAAUUAAAAGAAAAGCGCCACACUCCAAACUGCAUUGUUUUUCAAUCAUCUUUUCAUUUUUCUUCAAUCACUCAAUUUAAAGUCACUUAUCGCUUUCUUGAAGAUCUCAACUAUGUACUCUAUAUCCAAGAUGAAAUCGGAUCGUAAGCCUCCUCUUGCCAAAUCGCCGAUGCGUCUUCGACCUCGCCGAGUCCUCCGUCCAUCAAACUCCUGCUCGCUUCAAACCCCAUCAGGUUCGUUGACAGAAUCCAAAAAUCCAACUGGCUGCCUGAACAUCGAGGAAUCUGAACUUCGACCCGAGUACCGCACGAUUUCCUGUGAAUUACGGGCUUUGAUGAAGAUGGUUAGGGAAGAAUUUGGGAAGAGGGAUUCUGAAAAUAUUGAAUCUGCCAAUUCAUUCGGUGUGAAUUCAGGGAUACUGUUUGAGAGGGGAAGGUUUUAUGAUGAAUACUCUGCUAGAAGGAACGAGCGGUUGAAGAGAAGGAAGACAGGCGAUUAUGGUAAAGCGCCUGCGUAUAAUCUUGGCGUAGCUGUAGAGUCGGCGAAGAAGAGCAGCUCUAAAAAACUUGAGAGCUUGCGGAAAUCCGUUUCCGCGACUUACACGAUGGAGCGAUUGGAGGCUCCACGAUACAUGCUUAGAAGCAUGACCAAAGGAAAUAAGAAGCUUCCUCCUCUGCCUUCGAACUUAGAGAAAUCUACUACUGGGGUAGACAAAAAAACUGGAGCUUCAAGGCUUCGGAGGACUUAGUUUUUCUGAUCUUUAUUUUUCUAGUUUAAGGUAGAAAAAGACAAAUGGAUUUAUUGUGACCUCUGUUUCUUGAGUCUUUUGCGUAUCAUUAGAAUCACUUUUUAAGAUAUGCCAGCAGUUGAUACUUCAUACUGGAUUUAGCAUCA